AUGUCGACUAUCUCUAGAACGCUCAGGAACUUGUGGAAGAUUGGCCUAAAGGAUUAUGGCCACCAAAUGCAGUACAUCGGUGACACCAAAGCCGGAACUUUGAUCGCUGUCGACCGCUACGGAAACAAGUACUUUGAAAACCUGGAGGAAGAACUGCCUUUGCGUACCCGAUGGGUCGACUACAAAGACAAGGAAUUCGACCCGAGUCAGAUUGAGCCUGGCUGGCACGCUUGGAUUUCAUACAUGGUUGAUGCUCCCCCCACCGCCGACAAGAUCAUGCAGACCGGCAUUCGCACCUGGGAACUGCCCGAGCAUCGUACAAACUUGACUCUGUCUCGUGGCGCCUACAAGCCAUACUCAACUGUCCGACCCAAGUAUUCCGCUUGGCAGCCAGUUGCUGCUUCCCGAUAG